AAGGCGUUGAACCGUGUCCUGACGCAAGAAGAAAACCCCACAAGUGUUUUUUGCCAGCUUACAAUGGAAUUGGAAGCACCGUCGUGGAGGAUGCAAGGGAGCUAACGUUGGGAGGAAGCAGCAGACACAACAGAGGACCUCAGGAGAGGUGACCCAAGCAUGGGCUCGGUGCCAGAGGGCGGCUGCUCUCUGGAGCUAAACGGCUGGAAUGUGAGCGGCGCCUCCGUCCCCUGCAACCAGAGCGUCCUCAAGCUGGCACCCUACUCCCCCGAAGCCACGGCGGCCUUCGCCACCGCCAUCACCCUGAUGGUGCUCUUCACCAUCGUGGGGAACGUGCUGGUCAUCAUCGCCGUCCUGACCAGCCGCGCCCUGCAAGGUCCCCAAAACCUUUUCCUGGUGUCACUGGCCGCCGCCGACAUCUUGGUGGCCACGCUUAUCAUCCCCUUCUCACUGGCCAAUGAACUUCUGGGCUACUGGUACUUCAAGUCUCUGUGGUGUGAGAUCUACCUGGCCUUGGAUGUGCUCUUCUGCACCUCGUCCAUCGUGCACCUGUGCGCCAUCUCUCUGGACCGCUACCUGUCCAUCUCCAGGGUGACCUACGGUCGCCAGCGGACUCCCAAACGCAUCAAAGCUGCCAUCGUGGUGGUGUGGUUCAUCUCCGCCAUUAUUUCCUUCCCUCCCUUGCUGUCCCUCAAUAAGAGCGAGGGAGGCGACCUGGCGAGUGAGAGGGGUCCUCAGUGCCAGCUCAACGACGAGCGCUGGUACAUUCUUUACUCCACCAUCGGCUCCUUCUUCGCUCCGUGCCUCAUCAUGAUCCUUGUCUACGUGAGAAUCUACCAAAUUGCAAAGCAGAGAACACGGUGCCCCCCUGGGGAGCCUCGCAAGGAGGGUGUCGGCGGCGCCACGCCGAGUCAAGCGAAGCGGCACUUACAAGCCAACGGCAGGGAGAACGAGGACGAAAAACAGUCUGCCCCUAAGAAAAUGUACAAUGACAGACCCCCCACCCUCGCCAUUACACCGUCUCCUUCAGGGGGGAAGACGCAACCCUCCCAGGACCCCAACCCUAAUAACCUCCAACCUCCACCCCCUUCUCCAGCCAUGAGCCCAGUCACCAGCUCCUUAGAUACCUCGCUCCAUGCACCACCUGCUGCUCCACUGCCGGCGCCCCAGGCCUCUCCAGCCAAGUCUAAAGAGGCCGCCAAGAAGGUCAAGCAGCAAAAGGGCAACAAAUCUGACAACAACAACGGCGACAUCUCCAGCACGGACAGCGAGGCCAGCCACGGCGGGGGCAGGGGCAGCGCCAGUAUGCCGGGCUCACCCGCAGGAGGGGGCAUCCACUCCCCUGGCUCCAUCAAGCGAUACAGGAACAUGAUCGCCACUUCAAAGGGAGCUCGGCUGGUGCCGGGGAGGAAGUCCAGACGAGAGACCAACCCCGGGGCGGCCAGGCGCAAAGCCAUGCUCAACAGAGAGAAGCGCUUCACUUUCGUCCUGGCCGUGGUCAUCGGGGUCUUCGUGGUGUGCUGGUUCCCCUUCUUCUUCUCCUACUCCCUGCAGGCCGUGUGCCCCGAGACCUGCGCUAUCCCAGACCCGCUCUUUAAGUUCUUCUUCUGGAUCGGGUACUGCAACUCUUGUCUCAACCCAGUCAUCUACACCAUCUUCAACAAAGAAUUUAGGAUGGCUUUCAAAAAGAUUUUGUGCAGCAACACUAAGGGUACUUUCUUCUAGCGCACACAGGUGAGGACUUGCUUGCCACAUUUUCUCGACAAAGGGCUGGAUUAACAGUACUAUGAGCCAUUGAAAUUUACGCGUACAACUCCAAAUUUCUCAGAGACAGCCAUAAAAUUCUGUUAAUUGCCGUUUGGGACUACUAGGGUUUCCCAAACUUAGUCAGAUAUAUCAUCUUUUUGACAGUGUACAAUCAAGAAUUUAAGAUUUGUGUGCCUGCUUGAUUGUCUUGAUUCUCAAACAUGUUGGUAGGCAAGUUCCAAUUAGAGCAGGCCUGGGCAAAUUAAGGCCCGGGGGCCACAUGCGGCCCGUUGAGCUUUUCAAUCUGGCCCGCCGGACAUUCCCAAAUAUUUUUUUAGAUCUUUAAGAUGGAAACUGUAGCUGCCAUUAUGAUGUGCAGUGAUGUUUUCUAAUGGCCGUAAGUCUUGAACUAUACAAAGUAUUUCAAUGUUUGGAAUCUGCGCUUAUGGAUGAUUUACCAGUUACUAUGGUAAUUUAAUUAGUUACCAUGGUCAUCUAAUGAGUUAUUAUGGUAAUGUACGUCACAGCAGCUCAGACGAGGCACCGAGCCGUGUGGGCGGGAAGCGUUUCCACAGACGCGGAAGGAGAUUUUCACAACAAAGUUCUAAAGCUUAGUGAUAUAUAGAAUAUAAUAGAAUAUAAAGUACUUUAUUAAUCCCUGGGGGAAAUUCAGCAAAUUUCAGUAGGUGGGUUUAUGUUGUACCCUUCGCGUUUAUAUUUCACUGUUUGUUGCAUUUUUGGGGUGUGACAUUCAUAUUAUGUCAAUAUUCAGUGUUUUAUCAUUCAUAGAAAAAUGUAAAAAUUCCAUUACGUUUUUUAAGGCGGUCUGUCGUAACGUUUUUAGCAUUCAAUCAGACAUUAUUGUGAAGUUUUGUAUUAGUGUUCCUAAAAAUAGGUAUACCGGCCCCCAGACACAUUAUUUUCUCUAAAUGUGGCCCCCAAGUCAAAAUAAUUGCCCAGGCCUGAAUUAGACGAACCUCAGGAUAUAGAAUUAUAUUCGAAAGACAUAACAAUAUAUUAAUUAGUUAAUAUAUUCAUGAACCAAAGAUAAGCUGAAUUUGAAUUCAAAUGAAAUGUUAUCGUUGAUCCGAGAACAAGUUUAUUUGGUGGAAAAAGGUUUGCCUUACAGCAUUUAACUCAGACCCAGUGCAAAGACCUUCGGUUUGGGAAACCCUGUAAGAGUAGGGUGUGGUUCAGGACUCAUUUGAACCACAUCACACGGAAUGAAUGUCGACAAAAGGUCUCAAAGAGAUCUGUGAAAUACAAACAUAUAAUGUAUUGUUUGCACUUAUUACUUAGGACGGUGAUGCUUUUGAAGAGAGAAAACAGGUAAACAGGAGGCAGACUGACCUUAGAUUCCGACAAGCCCGGGGGUCCUUUUGUUUAUCAGCAAAGAGCACAAGGAGCACACAAGGUUAGUGGUGAUUUCUUGCGCAGCUGCAGGGCAAACAUGUGUUCCUUGAUUUCUAUCUAAAAGAGCAACAAAAAGAAGCAUCUGAAGACCCACUAUGUGAUAAAGGAGGGAGGGAGGAAUCCUUCAAAAAAAAAAGGACAUGCGUGUUAGAAAAGUGUCAGAUGCUUCUGCUCUUAGCUGCCAGCGAGUCAUAGCGGACACUCAGGUUAUUGUUUUUUUUUUUUUGUCAGCACCUAAAACAGACUGGAAGGACGAGAACACUUAAGCAAUGUUCUAAUCAAAGCAGGAUCAACAACGGGCCUCUUUAAGAGGCUCUCCACACCAUGUCAUGGGAGUUUCAUCCGCCGAUUUAUGCGCGCCAUUCCAGAGUGAGGAGGGGAAUACACACUGAAAAAUUAUUUUUUUCCCCUCUUCCAAGGACACAAUGUAGUGAGGUUGGUGUAACGUUGGCAGCCAUUUAGGCCGACUGUUUGCCUGACUCACUCGCAUUUCCUCUCAUUACAGCGGCACAGAAUAUGUCUGCAGGUGCGCUCACAAGUUUGCAUACGCUUGUCAAUGCUGGGCUCCUAAUGAGUUUUUAAAAAACUUUUUACAGGGUGGAAUGACAAUGUACAUUAAAAUUGGCUGCAUCCUUUUUAUUUCAUUUAAGAUUUUCUCUCUUUUACAUUGUGUCAAAAUGUAUCAGGCUAAAAUAUUGACCUACAAUUACUUACAUAUUGUCAUAGGCGCCGAUCUACAUUUAUGCCAGUGGCUGCUCGUUGUGUGUGUAUUAAAAAAAAAAAAAGAUGUUCAGCGAAGUUAAUAUCCCAUAUGUGGCUUUAUUAUUUUGGAAAACAGACCAAACUCGACACAAAAUUAACUACAAAAAGAUAGGUUAAAAAAAACAAUUAUUAUAAAAAUUGAAAGUUGGCGUCAAUCCCACGUGGGUGUUCGGCAUUGUCCGUGGGUGCUCGGGCCCCGAAGCACCCACGGGAUCGGCGCCUAUGCAUAUUGUAAUGUAUUUUAAUUUGACAGGCCCUAUUAACGGGGCAGCACGGUGGAACAGAGGUUAGUGCAUGUGCUUCACAAUACGAAGGUCCCGAGGGCUCUGGAUCUUUCUGUUUGGAGUUUGCAUGUUCUCCCCGUGACUGCGUGGGUUCCCUCCGGGUACUCCGGCUUCCUCCCACCGCCAAAGACAUGCACCUGGGGAUAGGUUGAUUGGCAACACUAAACUGGCCCUAGUGUGUGAAUGUGAGUGUGAAUGUUGUCUUUCUAUCAGUGUUGGCCCUGCAAUGAGGUGGCGACUUGUCUAGGGUGUACCCCGCCUACCGCCCAAAUGCAGCUGAGAUAGGCUCCAGCACCUCCUGCGAACCCGGAAGGGACACGCGGUAGAAAAUGGAUUGAUGGAUGCAGGCCCUGUUAUUCUCAUUCGUGAUCAAGAUUGACUGCAAAUGGUGGUUUCUCUUUGGUGGUUUCUCUUGGGGGGAAACAACCAAUUUUAAAUGAAUUCUGUCAAGUAUGAAGCCAGGUAAAAUAUCCAAUUUAUUUUGAAAUGUUCUCUCAUUACAAAUGCUCAAAAAUGUCCUUCUCAGAACCAGCUUCGUCUGCAUUGGACAUUUGUGUUUUGUUAUUUUUAUUUUCCUGACAAAAGAAAAAGACCAAAAAUAUUCAGUACAGGCCAAAAGUUUAUACACACCUUCUCAUUCAAUGUGUUUUCUUUAUUUUCAUGACUAUUUACAUUGUAGAUUAUCACUGAAGGCAUCAAAACUAUGAAUGAACACAUUUGGAGUUAUGUACUUAACAAAAAAAGGUGAAAUAACUGAAAACAUGUUUUAUAUUCUAGUUUCUUCAAAAGAGCCACCCUUUGCGCUGAUUACUGCUUUGCACACUCUUGGCAUUCUCUCGAUGAGCUUCAAGAGGUAGUCACCUGAAAUGAUUUUCACUUCACAGGUGUGCCUCAUCAGGGUUGAUUAGUGGAAUUUCUUGCUUUAUCAAUGGGGUUGGGACCAUCAGUUGUGUUGUGAAUGAGAAGGUGUGUCCAAACUUUUGGCCUGUACUGUAUGUCCACUGACACUGCAGGAUAUACACUACCGUUCAAAAGUUUGGGGUCACAUUGAAAUGUCCUUAUUUUUGAAGGAAAAGCACUUUACUUUUCAAUGAAGAUAACUUUAAACUAGUCUUAACUUUAAAGAAA